AUCUGCGCCAAGUGAUGCUGUGAUGAGGGGUCAAGGUAUUAUUUAUCAAUCUUGAAAAAUGGCUUUAAUGCCUGAUACAAAAUUCAUGACCACAAGUGAAGAUGAUGAGCAAGACGGACGACCGGCCCACUCCGAGAAGGAUCCUUCGAGAAGCAACGUCGGUUUUCACACACGGUACAUCGUACAAGGGUGGUCGGGAGCAUGAUAGGCUGCUCAGAUUGGAGCCCCAGAAGUUCCUAAUUGAGGUGGCAGUGGAUCGACCAGCGGGAGGCAGACGGCGAGGAUUGCCCGGAACAUGGAUAGGCGUUGAGAGAGCCUGAGACAGGGGAACAAUCGCUUCCCAGGCAUGACUCGCCCUAUCGAUCGCGUGGGUGAGAGUUAUUCUACUAUACCAAGGGUCCCCCUAGUAGUGUCACUCUUGCUGGAGAACUCCGCGGACAGUCCAUUCUGGAGAUGAGCACCGACGGGGGUGAGAAAGAUUAAAGCUACUAGUAGAUUACAAUCGUACAAAAGGGCAGAGUUACACGAUGCUGUCCAGUGACAAUGAUCAGG